AUGUCAACCCUACUAAGUCAAUCGAAUUCAGAGGCCAGGCAGAUAAGAGUCGAGUUGCAGCUGUUGAAGAAUGAGAUGAGAAAGCAGCUCCAACAAAGGCUGUAUCAUCUUGUGGAGGCUCAUGAGAAUGAUAGGAAGGACAUUCUUGCUCGUUUCUUGACUAAGGCUUCAUUGACUUACUCUGGAAGCUUUGAGAAGCUCCGGGGCGACAUCGAACAUGACUUUGAAUGUUACGUCGCUUUGAUCCGAUAUAGUCAAGGCAAUUCGAGUGGUCUUUCAUUUACAAACAAAGCACCACCGCCGCCUUGGGAUAACACGGAAUUCGAUUUUGCGCGUAUGUUCAGCACAAAAAAACCGGAGGCAUCGCAUCAAGAAGCUGCUUCAUCGAAAGAGGUUGUUCCCUAUGGCAACGACUCAACCCUGAGUACCGAGCCAUCAACCGAAUUCUCAGACUCGCCAAGCACAAACCUCUCUUUACCUCCCAUAUCGCGUCGCGCUCGAGGACAGGAGCAAAGACACCAACGAGUUGUAGACAAGAGGCCGUUAGUUCGCAAGAAGAAGAUACCGGCGCCGAGAAGCACUGUUAUGAAGACAAGUGUAGCAACAAGAGCCUGCCAACAAAAUCCCAGCAUGGCCUUUUGCUAUGACUUGGGCGGUGGCAGUGAAUACUACAUCUUGCACUGCCCAAAUGUGUCCUCGGGCUGCAAGUUCUCGUUCUCGAGCCAUCCCUUCGUCACCGGGCUAGCUUCCCAACAUUUUAAGGAGUGCGGCAUUGCUUUUCAGGACGACACAGACAUCGUUCGUCGUUUUGCAUACCGACUCGAGCGACAAAUGGGUCAUGAGAAAAAGGUCUCCUCGGAAUGGGUUGCUAAAUAUAAUCGCAGGGUUGAGAGUCUUGCCACUCUGCAGACCAUGGAAGAUUGA